GAGGUGGGGCUCGUCCGUGGUGCUGGGCGGGCAUGAGGGGCGUGUGUGUACGCGUGUAUAGUGCAUCGUCCAUGGAGGAGUGUCGUCCCCUGUGGAUUGAAACAGCUCGUAUGGCAGGCCUAAUGACCUAAGAAUUUUCUCACUAGACCCAGGAACGCGGAGAGGACAACAACAACCUUAGUCCUGUUCCCCGCACAUAAAAGCCAAGGCUGGAAAACAAAAGAGUAUAAUACACAACAGAAAGAGAUUGAUUCAACAGACAAAGUGCAGAGAAAAGCAAAGCGGAUUAAAACUGAGUGCAACAGAGAUUCAGAGACAGAGAGAGAGGGUCGUUGAAAGAAACAGGGAUAGAAGUUUGAGGUAGACAUGAAGUCGCUGUUCAAGAAGCUUGCCGGUCGCCACCAGUCUCAUCCACGCACUCCGCCACAGAGCAAAAGAAGAUCGUCUUCCGAGUCUUCUCCUCCUCCUGAGCAACCUGUCUCUCUGUCUGCCAACCAAGUCAGAGCUUUAAUGGUCUCCAGUGCUGUUCAUGGGAGGUCCAGUGUCAUAGAGACAGUGGAUGGCCAACUCCCGGAGAAUAGCAAACACCGCCGAACAAGUAGUGAGGUAGCACCCUUCAACCAGCCCAGACAUGCUCGUGUCUACAGCCACAGAGCCAGGGCACACAAUGUACGUCUCCGCCGCAACGACUCGGACCCUGACCUCCGACUGCGGCUGAAGCAACAGCAAUCCGUACCUCUCGACUUGGCAGCGAGAGAUUCAACAAUGCUGAGGUCGAGUUCAGUGGAUAAUCUGGACGAUCUCAACGAGACUGAGAAGGUGGUCUAUAGAUGGCGAGGUCAUCGCAGGCAGCCGUCGUCAUCAGACACUCCUCCGCCCGAAGUGGUCGAUCCAGAGCUCAUUCGACGGGAACUACAGAAUCCAGUCAGAGCCACAUACAACCCUCGAAAUGUUGAGUGUUUGGUGGCAGUACUUGAGAGAGCCAAAGGCCUGGAGGUGAACUCUCUGGACAAGACUGGUGAGGCUCCCCUCCACUCUCUGGUGAAGAGAGAGAGGAGGGACAGAGUGGGUGUGGUCCUGGCUCUACUGGUACACAGCGACGCCGACAUUCAUCUCAAGACCCCCCGAGGUGCCACACCCCUCCAUCUUGCCGUUGAGACAGGAGAUGCUUUUCUGGUGAAGACUCUGUUGGUCUUCGGAGCCAACAUUAACGAGCAGGGGCUCAACGACUUUACCCCUCUCGACCUUGCCAUCCACUGCCAGUGCUCCGAGGUGGAGAAAGUUCUACUGGAGCAUGGAGCAAAAGGGAGCGCCAAACUCAUAGUCAUGCAGCAACAACCAAGUGUGGUACCCUCUCUCUACUCACUUGACCAGUCUCUCUCGAGACCUGGUCACGGCCAGCGCCUCAAGACCUGCGACAGGCUCCAAGAGUACAUCCAGCGGCGGGGAACGGCCAAACUCUACCAGGAGCUGGAGAACUACGUGAACCAGAGACUCUCUCUGUCUCUAUCUCUCGGGAGGAACGGAGCUGAUGAGCUGAUGGCCAUCGCUCACCAGCAGAAAGAGAUGCAGCACUUCAACAAGACACUCAAGAAGAAAUCGCCCAGGGACAACCCAAUACUGGCAGGACUAGAGGGAGGCAGCAGGCUACUGUUCCUUGAUGGAGGUGGGAUGAAGGGGCUGUCUCAAAUCGAGGCUCUAAUUCAACUGGAAGAGGCUACUGGAAGAAAGACCACUGAGCUGUUUGACUGGAUCGUUGGCACGUCAACUGGAGGAAUCAUUGCCCUGGCUCUGGUCUAUGCCAAGCUCCCCCUGUCGCAAGUGAGACAGCUCUACUUCAGACUCAAGAACAAGGUGUUUGCCAAGGCACGGUUUGGGGUGGUCUACAGUGCCGAUGAGCUGGAGAAGAUCUUGAGAGAAGUGUUUGGCGACAUGACUAUGGACCAGGUCCUACAGCCAAAGGAAACACGUGACUAUAGCACAACUUUCAUCUCACUGCAGGGUUCUGGUUGCAGCGGUUGACAAAUCGACAACCAACCCUGAGCUUAGGUUCUUUAACAACUGUUUUGGAGAUGGAUUCGAUGAAGAGCUGGUGUGGAAGGUAGGUCGCUACACGUCUGCCUCCCCGAUCUUCUUUGGAGAGUUUGAGAACUACGUAGACGGAGGUGUCCUGGCCAACAACCCCUGCGACUGUGGCCUCACUGCCAUACAAAACUUCUACCGGUUGCAGGGAGAGAGACUCCUCAUAUCAAUGGUCGUUUCGAUUGGGACGGGGCAGUAUCCUCCUGAGGUACUGGGGAAGGUGGAUGCCCAGGAGUUCCUGUUCUUUGGAAAGCACUGGUUCAAGCUGGGGAAGUUGAUGGACAGGGCCACAAAUCUCAUCUCACUCCUCUCCAAUGCUUUGGUGAACUCAGAGCUAGUUGCAAAGAACUGCAAGAGCAGAUGCGAGGAGUUGGGGAUUCCAUACUUUCGACUCAGUCCCAAACUCAACACUGUGGUGGCUGCAGGUGAAACAGACAAUGAGAAACUGGUGGACAUGAUUCUCCAGACCAAACUCCAAGUGAAGGACCAGGGACUCAAUGGCAUUGUCCAGAUGUUCAUGCUCACUGCAGAGUGCAGUAGAAGAAUCCUGGCCUCUGGAGGGGGGACACCCUCAUGUGCUACCAUCACAGAAUCCAGUCAAGACUAACACACGUUUAAUUGUUUAUCUCCUUUGGCACUCUUUGAUGAAUGCUACUAGACCUUCUGCAUUUUUAACUUCAGUCAUCGCCUUAUACUACGGCAGUACUUUUUGUCAUCCUUUCUCUCUUUUAAUAUCACUCAUAAGAACGCAAGUUUAAGUAUUUCCUGCUUACAAAGCAUCACUCUUCGUCAUUUUCAAGUGUAUGGCAGUGUAUGAACCGUGUAAUUAUGGUAUAAUAAUAGUAAAAACACUGCUUUUACAAACAAAAUACCUGCUAAUACCUGCAGGAGAUAAUGUAGUGUGAAAAGAGCAAAUCAAUGCAAUAUUUAUUUCAACUAUUCACAAAUGCAACUGUUCCCAUCAUGCAUCUUUGCCAUAACCUUUUGCUCUGGACUUACAGCUAUAAGACAUGUAGUUAUAAUAUACAA